AGCCGCCGCGCCAAAAUGCACCGCACCACCCGGAUCAAAAUCACCGAGCUCAACCCGCACCUCAUGUGCGUGCUCUGCGGCGGCUACUUCAUCGACGCCACCACCAUCAUCGAGUGCCUGCACUCCUUCUGCAAGACGUGCAUCGUGCGCUACUUGGAGACCAGCAAGUACUGCCCCAUUUGCGAUGUCCAAGUGCACAAAACUCGGCCGCUCUUGAAUAUAAGGUCGGAUAAAACGCUGCAAGAUAUUGUAUACAAGCUAGUGCCAGGCCUUUUCAAAAAUGAAAUGAAAAGAAGAAGGGAUUUUUAUGCUGCUCAUCCGUCAGCUGAUGCUGCCAAUGGCUCUAAUGAAGACAGGGGAGAAGUGGCUGACGAAGACAAAAGAAUUAUAACAGACGACGAGAUAAUAAGCUUAUCCAUUGAAUUCUUUGACCAGAAUAGGCUGGAGCGAAAAGGAAAUAAGGAGAAAGAAAAAUCAAAGGAAGAGGUGAAUGACAAAAGAUACUUACGCUGCCCRGCAGCAAUGACUGUGAUGCAUCUAAGGAAGUUCCUGCGGAGUAAAAUGGACAUACCGAAUACUUUCCAGAUCGAUGUGAUGUACGAGGAGGAGCCGCUGAAGGACUACUACACACUAAUGGACAUCGCCUACAUCUACACUUGGAGACGGAACGGGCCGCUGCCCCUCAAGUACCGGGUGCGACCCACUUGCAAGAGAAUGAAGAUCGGCCACCAGCGGGAGGGCUUGAAUAACAGCGGGGAGCUGGAAAGUGACUCUGGGAGCGACAAGGCGAGCAGCCCGGCCGGGGGCCUCCCCUCCACCUCCUCGUGCCUGCCCAGCCCCAGCACCCCGGUGCAGUCUCCUCACCCGCAGUUCCCGCACAUCUCCAGCACCAUGAAUGGCACCAGCAGCAGCCCCAGCAGUAACCACCAAUCCUCCUUCAGCAACAGAGCGCGGAAAACCUCCGUAAACGGCUCCUCGGCCACCUCCUCCGGCUGACUCGCCCGUGAGCCGCCCGCCCCUUGUUUAUAUAGAUCUCUUCAUGCCGUUACAGCUUUAUAGAUGCUAAUACAUGUGACUAUCGUCCAAAUUGCUUUCUUUUGUAGUGACACUGAACUUGGCUAUAAAAGGCGGACUAGGUGACAUUCAAUAUGGACGUUAAUUAAAACGCAAGAUUGAUAUGUAAAUUGUUUUCAAAGGACUGGGAAGCAAACAAAAGUUACACCUUCAUGUGUUUGGAAUUAUGUGGAGUUGUUUCCGUCCCCAUCAUCCGGACCUGGGACUUUCCAGAAGUCACUUCAAAUCCUGGGAAGUAGUUUGUUAAUCCAGACUAACUCCUCCAUUGCGUUCUCUUCAAUUGUUAUUGUUAUGCUGUUUUGUGAACCUGUAGAAAGCAAGUGCUUUUUCAUCUUGAAAUUCAACAAAACAGAAAGAAUAUGCAUAAAUAAUGCAUAUAUGUAGCCAUGUCACUGUGAAUAACAAUUUUUGCGUAUUAGCCAUUUUGAUUCUUAUGUUGCAUCUUUAAUUCUCUGUUGCUGCGCAGAACCGAUCAAAAGAAAAGUAAACUUCAGUUUUACAAUCUGUAUGCCUAAAAGCGGGUAUUACCGUUUUAUUUACUGACUUGUUUAAAUGAUUCGCUUUUGUAAGAAUCAGAUGGCAUUAUGCUUAUUGUACAAUGCCAUAUUGGUAUAUGACAUAACAGGAAACAGUAUUGUAUGAUAUAUUUAUAAAUACUAUAAAGAAAAUAUUGUGUUUCAUGCACUCAUGAUAUGGUUGUUAAAUUUCUAGUUCGACCUUUGCAGAUGCCGCUUGUCUGAGCUUUGCUCGUACUGGGAGAAGCACCGUGUGUGCGACAGCCACAGUACUGGGAAAGCACACGCAAGGCCCGGAUAACCUGGAGGCAAUUGGCAAUCUUAAAAGUUUUUUACUGGCUUUGUCUUUUUGCAAGUGAUAGAUUUUUUACGUUACCAAAUGUCGUGGAAGUGAUGCAGUGAAGAAGAGAAAUUAAGGGAUGUGGAAGUAAUUGACCUGUUUGAUUACAUUUUUAUUAUUUUGCAUGGUGGGACUGUGUUUUUUAAAAGCACACAGGAUCAUUAUAGAAGCCAUAAAC